AUGGAUACAACACCUUUGAAACAUCUAAGAAUUCACUUGUCUUCAGAGACAUCUUCUCAAAGGAGAAGAAAUAUGCCCAUGGAUGCAAUCUUUCUUGACAGCAUUCCUUCAGGCACACUUACUCCUGUAAAAGAUUUGGUGAAAUAUAAGAACUCCUUUUUAAAAUUGAAUGACCAUAAUCAGUUCCUAGAAAUGACAACUUUGAACAAGAAAAAGUGCUGCGUGAGGAGCAAAAGCUGGCAGCCAGAAACAGUAGUUUGUUGGAACCACCACCAAGUGGAAGUAAAAUCUUCACUCCUAAUAGAGCAGAAGAGAAUACAGCAUACCUACCUUUGUGAAGAAAAGGAAAACAAGUCAUUCCAAUCAGAUAACAGUUCAUUAAGAGCCUCAGUGCAAGAAGUUCCUGUAGAAUCAUCAGAUAAUAUUUUCCUUCCAGUCAAACAAAAGAUUCAACACCAGCAAGAAAAGAAAGCACCACUACACAAUUUAACUUACGAACUUCCUAUCCUGAACCAAGAACAAGAAAACUUUUCGGCUGCAGGAGUCUCAAACAAGGCGUUAACUAGAGCACAGUUGGCUAAAGAAGUUCUUCACUCCAAGGAGUAUAUAGUUGAAACCACUAAGUCCAAAAAGGACACGUUCAUUUUAGAAGGCAUUGAUUCUUCUUAUGAAAAAUCUCAAAAUACUAAUGUUGAGGGUCUCAGUAUUAAUUGUGUUCCUAUUAAAAGUGACACUCAAUUAGUAUUUGCUGGUAGUGAGAUGACAACAGAAGGGACUUCACAACAGGAAGUUAAGGAAGGAGAUGAAAAAACUUUGCCCAGAGAGACUGUCCUUCCAGGUUCCAUGAAAGAUACAUGUAAAAUUAUACUUGCAACUCCACGACUUCAUUUAACAAUACCUCGGAGGUCAAAAAGAAAUGUUUCAAAGAUUUCUCCUCCUAGUGUAUUUCAAAGUAUUACAAAUGAAGUUAGAAAAAAUAAGGUAAUCCAGCUACAGGAAUGGAUGAUUAAAAUCAUCAAUGAUAAUACUGCUAUAUGUGUAGAAGGAAAACUGAUAGACAUCACUAACAUAUAUUGGCACAGUAAUGUAAUUAUAGAGCGGAUUAAGCACAACCAACUUAGGACUUUAUCAGGCAACAUUUAUAUAUUAAAAGGAAUGAUAGACCAGAUUUCCAUGAAAGAAGAAGGAUAUCCGAAUUACCUCAUAAGGAAAUUUAUGUUUGGAUUUCCAGAAAAUUGGAAAGUGUACAUUGAUAAUUUUCUAGAACAAUUAAGGUCUGGUGAAAAGAACAGGGAAAAGGCCAGACAAAAACAGAAAACUGCAAGAUGUGUCCCUGACAUACGAAAAUCAGUGAAGAAUGAUGCAAGAGAAAACCAAACAGAUGUUCCGCAAAGGGCCAACACCACUUAUGACCUGGGUUGUGAUGACAUGGAACUGAAGAGUAAUAAACACAAUGGGUUGCCAAGAGCUACAGAAUUAAACAUUUUCCAUAGCAAUUGCCGAAAUGAACCACCAUUAAAGCUCCCAGAUGACCAUAUAAAUAAUACUAUUCAAAAUGGAGGAGGAUGUGACUUACCUAAUCAGGGAUUAAUUGGAAAAAAAGAAUAUAAAAAGUUUUCUUCAAAGAAGCUCAAUUGUGAAAGAAAGAAUGAAAAGAUAAUUAAAAGUCAGAAGCAAGAGAGAACUGAAGAAUCAGAUGUACCCAUUGAUAUUCUAACCUCAAGGGAACAGUUUUUCUCAGGUGAAGAAAGAAAAUAUAUGUCUGUCAAUCAGAAGGAAGCUUAUAUUUUACUGACGCCACUUAAAUCUAAAAAAGUAAUAGAGCAAACAUGCAUGAAGCAUCAUCUGUCCUCUGGCACCAUUAAAGCAGUAACAGAUUUUGCAGUGCGAAAGCGUCAAAGAGAAAGUGAAUCAGACUUAAAUGAAACUGUAGGUCCCAUCAAUAAGUCCACAGGGGCUUUAGAAAAUACAUUUGAGUAUAGUGUAGGUCAUAGAAGUAAAAACGAGGAAGACUGCAAUGAACGUGAUUUACUCACUGUCAACCAGAAAAUAAAAAUACCUAGCUCUAAAAAGGAUCAAAUGGUCAUCUCUGACUUUAAGAAAAAUACCAGGUUCUUAUCAAAAUUGAAGAAAAUUGAAAGUCAAGUAACUAUGCCAUGUUACAAACAUCAGUCCUCAUCAGAUUUGUUAAGUGAAGAGAGUGAAACAGAAAAGGAAAUUAGAAGGAAAGCUGGGGUUGUUAAGAAAACCAGAGCAAGAAAUACCAAAGACACAGUGGUUCACCUGAGAAAAAGAACAGGAAACAUCACAAAGAAUAUCCCAGUGAUUUCAGAACCUGAAACUGAAGGUGAAAAUGAAUUUCAUGUCAAACAAAAGAAAGCUGGAUCUUCUGCUAAAGAAAUUCUUCAGAAAUCUGAUGUUAGGAGUGAGUUUCCAAUUAUUGAGGUGAUGGGGUCUGGUAAGACUAACAGGCAUCCCUCAGAAUGUUUACCUGGCUUAAUUCAGGACAAGGAAUGGAAUGAGAAGGAAUUACAGAAACUUUAUUGUGCUUUUACAUCUCUUCCAAAGCACAAACCUGGUUUCUGGUCAGAUAUAGCUAUGGCUGUAAGUUCUCGAUCUGCUGAGGAAUGCCAGAGGAAAUACAUGGAAGAUUCCCAAGGAAAAAAAUCGCAGAAACAUGUCACUAAGAAAAAGCCAGCCAAUCCCAAAGACCAGAAUGACAGGAGAGGUAAUGCUGAUAAGAAGCAAACUAUUAAGAUAACUGCCAGAGUGGGAACUCUUAAAAGGAAGCGACAAAUGAGGGAUUUUCUGGAACAGUUGCCAAAAGAUGAUCAUGAUGAUUUUUUCAGUGCAACACCUUUGCAGAAGCAAAGAGUACUGUUGCCAGCUUUUCAGGACAGCCAAGAUGAUGAUAUUCUACCAAGUAUGGACAGAAAUCCAACAACUCCGUCAUCAGUUAUCUUUCCAUUGGCAAAAACUCCUCAAUGUCAGCAUGUCAGUCCUGGUAUGCUAGCCUCUAUAAAUAGGAAUGAUUGUGAUAAAUAUGUUUUUCGUAUGCAAAAAAAUCACAAAAGUAAUGGUGGCAUUGUCUGGGGCAAAAUCAAGAAAAACACAGUCGCAUCUGAUUUCUCAACUCCAACAUCAAGAAGGAAAACCCUGUUUAACAAAGAUUUAAGAGAAAACUCUAAUAUUGGAAAACUUUUCACUAAUGCUAUGGAAUCUUUAGAUGAAGAAGAGAAAGAUAAUUAUUUUUCAGACUCUGAUUCUGUGUAGAAAAAAUGAGAAAGUAUGAUUUCCAGGACUUUUACCAUAAAGCAGUCAGUGUAUUUGUAUCUUCAUUUGAAGUACGUGUAUUUUUAUUGUAACGUAGCUUCAUAUGAAAAUGUGGAGUCUAUUUUCAAAGGUUUUAUAUAUUUGUAUUCCAAGUAAAAUAUCCUUCUAUAGGAUAUUCCCUAUUACUGCAGCUUACUAAAAAUGUAAGGAAAAUUGUUUUGCCUGUUGUGGGUAUUUAUAAGUUUCUGCUUUUACAGUAUUAAAAUAUAGAGAUAAAUCUCAUAAGCAUCUAAGUCUGUUUAAGAAAAUUAAGUCCAAAACAUUUUUUAAAAAACUUUCAUGAAAAAAUUGCUAUCUUUAAAUGAUGGGAAGUGGGAUGAAAGAGUUUGUAUUGGUGGCUACUGAAUUCGUGAAAACUUUUAAGUUUGCAUUUGUUAUCACUUGGCAUAUAAGCCAGAGUUGAUCUGAUGUUUAAAUUACACAUUGUUGAAACUAUUUGACAUGCUUCUGACCUGAUUGUUUUUCUUAAAACUUGUGAUUGGAAACCUAUUUUUUAUAAUUUAUUGCUUUUUUACUAUUUUAUUAGGUAGAAUCAGAACAAAUUUUGUUACAUUCUUACGCUUUAUUUACAUAUGCAGACAUGGCUUAAAUUUGGUCUCUAUUAAAAGGACUAGAUUAGACAAAUAUUCAGUUAAUAGAUCCACCAUUAUAAGGAGUCAAGUUAAUGUCAUAGUAAACAUCCUUUUCCUUUCAUUGACAGUUCCUUUAGAAAUAACCUUCUUUUAGCUUAUUCUAUUGUUUCAAAAUUUGACAUAGAAUAUUUUCUCUCCAGUUACAAUACACAUUCACCUACCCUUUCCAGUUAGAUUGUUCAAAUAAAGUUAGUUUGCUUUUGUAGUA